GUUAUUGAUGAUGCUAAAGCUGCCAGUAAUGAUAAAGGCAAAGUAUUUGAGCAUUAUUCGAGACUAGUUGAUGCAGAUAGAGCUGAUAAUAUUAGUCUUGUGAAAGGUGAAGUUCAGAUGUCGGCUGUGCAUGAACCAAAUGUGUCAAAAUGUUAUUUGAAUCCUGAUGAAAAUGAAACCGGCGAUAUGAAGCCUGGUGAAAACAUUUCUCUUGAACGUUGUAAUAAAAAUGGAAUUAGGACAGAAAAGAGUAAAUACGAAGUAGUCAAGGAAAUGAUCAAUUGGUUUGAUAAUAGUGAUGAAAGAUCAGAAAGACGUUUUGGAAAAGUGGUUCAACAAAUUGAAGACAAUAGGAAAAAGGCAUUAAGA